UAAUUAAAUUUCGCUCGUUCCUCAAAACCCUCGUUUGCUAUUCUUCUUCGCGGUGCAGCCUACAACCUCCGCAAGAAGAAGAAGAGCCAGCCGCCUUUCUCCGGUACCUUAGUUCGAACUCAAGCCUCAGACGUUUAAGCUAGUUUAAUCGCUCAACUAGCGCAGCUCUGUGCCAAACCAGUACAACAAAGAGUGAUCAUCUACGCAAAAAUUAGCCUUAUGGGUGUGGAAUUAGCACAUCACUUCAACGGGGAGGUUCAGGAGAUGGAGGAUGUUAAUUUCAGUGAUUCUGAGCUAGUUUAUCAUGUCAGGGAUGCUCUUAUUUCCGUCCAAUCGGACUUCUCAACCCGUAAACCAAACCGAACUAAGUCGAUCUUUUUCGGUUUGGUUUCAGUUUUGGUAUUUCUUCAAGAACAGUUCAGAUCCAGUUCUAGAACCAAUGAAGGUUGGUUUGGUUUUGAAUUCAUGCUGAUCUCAACCAAAACCAACCUUUGAACUCCUUAAUAGUCAGAAGGGAGAUAGUGACAGUUACCACCAGCUUGUAGGGGUAAUGCAUCAUUCACAACGUCUUGCCCCUGAUGAGGUGGCCCUUCUUGUGACUAGUCUAAAGGCGCUAUCUGGGGCAGUUUCUUAUAUAGACAAUGUUCACCAUGACUCUCUUCUUAAUUCUAUUUUUGGAAUGAGCAUGUGGAACUAUGGACCUGAUGUGAUGGAUGCGUUGCUUGAAUUGAUUAUUUCCUUGGCUGCUUCAAAUGGAAAAUAUAUUGAUUCAUGCUUGGAUAUGCUUGUGGGAAAUUUCAUGCCACCAAUGUAUUUUGUUGAUGCGCUAAAGCAACCUCGUGGUCAGAAGAAAAAGGAACAAGUUCUUUCUCGGGUGCAUACAGCUCUGGAAGAUAUUGCUACUCUGGUACCUAUGGCGGCAUUGAGAUUGUCAUCAAUAGUUGUCCAUAGGAUGCCAACAACCUUUUUUAAAAAGAGUCUUGAGAAGGAUCGACUGAAGUAUCGAACUGAGAUCUAUAUGGAGAACAUGUUGAGAUUGGAGAGCGGUUCAAUUAGGGAAUUUGUUGGGAGCAGGAUGCUUAUGGCAGUGGUUGAUAUGCUGAUAGAGUUGGAUGUGUCUAUUGGUUGGGAUGACAUUUUACGAGAUGACUCUUGUAAAGGCAUCUUUGCAAUUGAGCUAGAAGAUAUGGAUGAUAUUGCUGCUGGUGAUGAUGAUGGCGAUGAAGAGAUUGAUAAUGGCGAGCUUCCUGCAACUUUAAGUCAGAGGAGCUUGGGUAAAAACAUCGUUGCUGAUUUAUUGGAUAGCAUGAUGGUGCAAGUAUUUGAGCAUCUUGAAUUUUGUGCAAACAACAAGCGUUUGAGUGAGGUAUUUGAAACUCUCCUGGACUCAUUUAUGCUAACUAUCCUGGACACUUACAAGUCAAAGUUUGCUCAGUUUGUCAUGUUCUAUGCUUGUGCACUGGAUCCUGAGAACUGUGGUGUGAAAUUUGCCACAAUGCUUGUAGAUAGGUUUGUUUUCGGUGACAACCCACUUACCAGGAUGAGUGCUGUGGCUUAUCUUGCUAGUUAUUUGGCUCGUGCGAAGUUUCUGUCCACUGCUUUUGUUGCUAGCAUGUUGAAAAGGUUGGUGGAUUGGUGUUUGGAGUAUUGUAAAACCCAGGAUGGUGAUGUAAACCCAAAAGCGCAUAGAGUUUUCUAUUCUGGAUGUCAGGCCAUCAUGUAUGUGCUCUGCUUUUGUAUGAGGUCAAUAGUGGAUGUCCCAUGGCUCAAAUCACAGCUUCUUCUCAUGCCUAUAGAGCGAAUCUUGAAGCAUAAAUUGGGCCCCUUGAAGGUGUGCCUGCCAUCUAUUGUAGAAGAGUUUCUUAAACAGGCAAAAGCUGCUCGUUUGUUCACCCCAUCUGAAACAUUCAUGUUUGAAGAUUUGCUGGAAUCAGAUUUUUCCAGGGAUUUUGGUGGGCUGGAGAGACUGGAUAUGUUCUUCCCAUUCGACCCAUGUUUAUUGAAAAAAAGUGACAGGAACUUCAUUCGACCGAACUUCGUGUACUGGAAGCAUGUCAGAACUAGUUAUGGCAGUGAUGAUGAAGAUAGCAGUGAUGAAGACAUUAAUGAGGAUUUUGUCACUAUGAAUGAGGACAAUUUUAUGGAAGAAGGAAUGGCAAGGAGUCCUGAUGAGCAGCAUCUUGAUCUUGAUGAAUUUGACCAUGCAAUGAAUAAAAUGUCCAUCACACCUAAGAAUGGCUUAAAUUAUAGAUUUGGAGGUGAUAAAAUGCAGAUGCCCUCAAGAAUUAGACCCUCUAUGAGUCCAGAGUCUUUGUGAUGCCUUGGCUUACAGAAAGUGAUUAUUUUGCUUUGUUUCUUUUAGUUAACGCCAUCACUUGUGGAUUUGAUGACACUGGUCAUUUGCUGAAUUUUGCAUUCAAGCUGUUGUAUAAUUAAAUUUUGAUUUCUUCAAAAAUAUUGCUAAUGUAAUUACGGUCAGAAAUUGAAUGCAUCUGAUACAAGAAUAUGAUA